AUGGUUCGCUUCGCUAUCUUCACUGCCGCUGCAGCCCUGGCUUUCACCACCCCCCUCACCCUCGCCAUCCCGCAGACCAUCCUCGACACCCAAAACGGCCGGGCCAACGUCGGCGCCGCCAACUGCGGGCAGUUCGUGACGGGCGAGUGCCUGUCCAACGAGGACUGCGCGCUCGGCUGCUGCGCGGGCCUCCCGGUCGUCGUCGGCGCGUCCGGGGGCUCGGGGUCCACCGUCCGCGGCGUGUGCUCCAACAUCAAGGUGGGCGGGGCCGCGGGCAAGCUGGGCUGCAACUUCCCGCUCAACGACGGGAGGCUGAGCGGCGUGUGCGGCGAGGGCGGGACGCCGGCUGCGGAGAGGGAUCCCGCGGCGGGGACGAGCUUGCCGGUUGCUGUUGUUGCGGGUGGGCUGGGGUGUGGUUCUUCUGGGGCGCAGAAUGGGGGUGAUGGGUCGUAG